UUAAUUAAGAAAAUGUUUACUAUUCGAAAUAUUUUUGCGUUUUUUCCUUUGCUAACUGGGCUGGCGAUAGCGGCGAAUUCGCAACAGUUGCAAGAAAUAGCCGCCACCGACAGACCCGUAUGCUCGGAGCGAUGUAAUUUGGCUUUUCGAUGUGAUCCUUACUAUAGCGGCCCACCGGUGUGGACGAUAAUAGACGGCGUUUGCAAACUUUUCAAGACAGACUGUCUAUUUGCCAGCACAAAUUGCCACCGUCAGAAUAGCUGCUUACCAAAAUUGACAAUAACUUCGCAACAAAUCUGUCAGACAAAGUGCAUGGAUGCGUGUGAGCAAGCGCCUAUAAAACCGGUGUGUGGUGUUUUUCCCUAUGUGACGGUAAAUGGGGAUCGAAACGACGGUAUGAUCACCUUCAAAAAUCAGUGUGAAUUGGACAAAUGGUCAUGCUGGAAUUCGAAAGCAUACAUCUCAGUGAGCGAAGGUACCUGCUUUUGAAAAACCAAUAUUUGAUUGUGGAAUUAAAUAGAGCCAAAUUGAUAGGUCAAUAAAUUACAUGUUUAUAUGCUCUACAGUGAAGUGAUUUGAUUUCAACGAAACAACGAUUUAUUUUAUAUUUACUCCGAAGAAGAUAAAAGAACUUUAUUUAUUGUUUAUUGAAAUGACAAAACCGAAACAAUGUAACUGGUUUUUUGUGUAUUUCCAUUCAUUAGGCGAUAGCUUGCAUAUUCUUAUAUUUAUUACAACCUGAACAUGUUUUAUUAAUAUAUUAACGUAUAUUAAGUUUGCCACGAAACGUAUAUUAAGUUUCACUAUAGCUAUCAUACAAAAUCAAAAUCAAGUUCUUGUAAGGAAAAUUUUGCAUUGCGAGGAUUAAUAGCAGUAAAUGACAUUGCACUAUAUUUUAUUGUUGAGCUUCAAUUCCUUCUGGAUUUGGACACUGGAAAGUGAAAGAAUCAACUGGAAUUUUAAAGACGAAGAAGUGAAGGAAGACCUCCACUCCACUGAAGAAGAACAUGGCUACACUUGGUACCUCGAAUUGGCGCCAAAUUGCGAAAAGUAUAAACAACUGGAGCGCUGUUGUAAACUUGAAUAUAACCGUGUACGCGGUGUCCAUCGUCCAACUGUUACCCCUACUUCUAUAAAGCACCCUCACACCAUCUAGGGGGUACAAUUUAA